GAGCCAAGCUCGAAACCCGGCAGCGGGAGAGGAAGAUGAGCAGCCCCAGAUCAGAGCCCCAGGCCCAAGGGACCCCGCGCCGCCCCCAGAGCACAAGGAGCGGCCUCAACGGCAGCCGCCUUCUCCGGUAGCUGUCCCUUCAGCCCGCUGCUGGGGAGGAGGGAACCCGGACCAACGCUCCGUUCCACCUGCACGCGUGGCGGCACACCUGGACGCUGACCUCCCACACCAGACCUGCGGGCUCUGCAAAGCUGUGACUCGCCCUGGGGAGAGGUAAAUCAACCAAAAAAAAAAAAAAACCAAGACCCAAGACCCUUCUUCAACUGAGCCUCGCUUGCUUUCUAAGCUUCUUGAAAAGCUCUGACCUCAGUUCCGGAAAGUUGGCAGACCCGGUUCCGAGGAGGGCAAAGUCUUGACAAGUUCCGCACUGAGCGGGAAGAAACUGAUGGCUGAGGUUAGAGGCAGGUCCAGAUCGUCUGCGGUCUGAGCCUUGGGACGCACCCAGCUCCUAACCCCACCCUACAGAUCGAACCGUGAGCCCCAACGCUGUGAACAGUAUACUGACCACCAGCAUGUCCAUUCCUGGGGUCAAUGCGUCCUUCUCCUCCGCGUCGGAGAGGCUGAACAGCCCAGUGACCAUUCCCGCAGUGAUGUUCAUCUUCGGGGUCGUGGGCAACCUGGUGGCCAUCAUAGUGCUGUGCAAGUCGCGCAAGGAGCAGAAGGAGACGACCUUCUACACUCUUGUAUGUGGGCUGGCUGUCACUGACCUACUAGGCACAUUGCUGGUAAGCCCAGUGACCAUCGCCACAUACAUGAAGGGCCAAUGGCCCGGGGACCAGGCACUGUGUGACUACAGCACCUUCAUCCUACUCUUCUUUGGCCUGUCGGGUCUCAGCAUCAUCUGUGCCAUGAGCAUUGAGCGCUACCUGGCCAUCAACCACGCCUACUUCUACAGCCACUACGUGGACAAGCGGCUGGCCGGCCUCACACUCUUCGCGGUCUAUGCAUCCAACGUGCUGUUCUGCGCACUGCCUAACAUGGGCCUGGGCAGGUCUGAGCGACAGUAUCCCGGCACCUGGUGCUUCAUCGACUGGACCACCAACGUAACGGCCUAUGCCGCCUUCUCUUACAUGUACGCGGGCUUCAGCUCCUUCCUCAUCCUAGCCACCGUGCUCUGUAAUGUGCUCGUGUGCGGCGCGCUGCUCCGCAUGCACCGCCAGUUCAUGCGCCGCACCUCGCUGGGCACCGAGCAGCACCACGCGGCCGCCGCAGCAGCAGUGGCUUCGGUGGCCUGUCGGGGCCACGCGGGUGCCUCCCCAGCCCUGCAGCGCCUCAGCGACUUUCGCCGCCGCAGGAGCUUCCGGCGCAUCGCGGGCGCGGAGAUCCAGAUGGUCAUCUUACUCAUCGCCACCUCCCUGGUGGUGCUCAUCUGUUCCAUUCCGCUGGUGGUGCGAGUGUUUAUCAACCAGUUAUAUCAGCCAAGUGUGGUGAAAGACAUCAGCAGGAACCCCGACUUGCAGGCCAUCAGAAUCGCUUCCGUGAACCCCAUUCUGGACCCCUGGAUCUACAUCCUUCUGCGGAAGACUGUACUCAGUAAAGCCAUCGAGAAGAUCAAGUGCCUCUUCUGCCGCAUAGGUGGGUCCGGCAGAGACGGGUCAACGCAGCACUGCUCAGAGAGUCGGAGGACAUCUUCUGCCAUGUCCAGCCACUCUCGCUCCUUCCUCUCCCGGGAGCUGAGGGAGAUCAGCAGCACAUCUCAGACUCUCCUGUACCUACCAGACCUAAGCGAAAGCAGCCUGGGAGGCAGGAAUUUGCUUCCUGGCGUGCAUGGCACGAGCCUGCCCCAAGCAGACACCACCUCGCUGAGAACUUUGCGUAUAUCAGAGACCUCAGACUCCUCCCAGGGCCAGGACUCGGAGAGCGUCUUGUUGGUAGAUGAGGUUGGUGGGAGCGGCAGGGAGGAGCCUGCCUCUAAAGAAAACGCUUUGCAAGUCACGUUCCCCAGUGAAACGCUGAACUUAUCUGAAAAAUGUAUAUAGUAGCUACAGGGGUUGGGGGAGCACUGUUUGGGGAACUUUACAAAGUCCUGUGCAAUAGACAUACACGUGUUUAGCUGUACUCGGAAGGGCUGUCUCUGUCCGCUACUCCUAACAGAACAUUGGAGUUUGAGUCUUCAGUGUGGCAGGCGAGUCCCUUGAGUGCCGAGGCCUGAUGCGCACUGGCCAUCACUCUGAUGUGACUCAAGAGCGCAGCGGCUGCAGCUGGCCACCUUUUUCUACUGGAUAGGAAGAAGGCAGAAGCUAUGCUACUUUCAGAACAUCAGAACUUUGGAUUUGGCACAUACCGGAGUUCCGGAUACUGGAAGGGCUCAACCCCAAACUCAAAGGACUAUCUUACAGCCGAUUUAAGUGUCUCACUAAAGCAUGAAAUGUGAAUUUUUAUUGUUAGAAAUAUAAUUUAAGGUAUUUAUGUUCUUCUCUGUGAGAAGGUUUAUUGUUAAUACAAGGUAUAAAAAAAUUAUGAUACGCCCUCUCCUGCCAGUAUAACCAGCUAAUAUUGUCGAUGUUAUUUUUUUUCCAUAAACAAGUCAGGCCAAAGUAUUGAAAACAGAAUGAAACUAUUAUCUAUAAAAUAGAUAUAAAUUUUUAAAAGAGUUUAGCAUAAUCAAAGGAAAAAAGAUUAUUUAAGAUGUGAAAAUUAAACAACCUAAAAUAUAUUUUCCAAGCUAUAUAUAAUGAGAAAAAUUAGAAAUAUAAUAUUACAUUUAUUUAUCCAGAAAACUGUGAUUUCAAGAGUACCUAACAUUGAUGGUAAAUAUUUUCAACCUUUGCCCCUACUAAUUGGUAUUUUUAAAGAUGUAACAUACUUUUUUAAGGUCUCUAGUUGCCCAUAAUUGAAGUGUGUAGUAUAAAAAGUCUAAGUGGCGUGUUCUGUCCUGAAAGUGUGUGUAGUUUUACUUGCCAAGAGAAUGUCUGACAGCAUCCUGUCAAAUCUAAAGAGGAAGAUGGCGCUCUGGCGUGGUUUCCACUCUGUUAUAUGUGUCAACAGAAACUGACAGUUUUGUGUGACACCCAGGAAUACUGUGCCUGUGCCGGGAGGCGCUUUCUCCGAGAAAUAUUAAGCAUGUUUUGUUAACGUGUUCUUGUGAAUUGCUUGGUUGUGACCGACUUCUGAGCCUGACUCUGAGGAGGGUAUAAGGAGCAGCUGAACCGACUGAAGUUAUUCCGGAGAUUACAAUAAAUAAUUGUAUUCA